AUGGUAGAUCCUACGGAGAAGAGUUUACACAAGAUUUUACACGAACUAACAUCUUCGUUUGCUUGCAAUGAACUUCGCAAUAUAUGCGCACCUGAUCCAACCGCUGGUGGAAGCCUACAAGAAGUAGCUGCAUGGUAUCUUGACGAAGCUGGUGUUCGUGAACAACUUCGUGCUGAAUUGACUAAUCUAGCCAAUAAUGCUACACUUGUUGGAGGAUUAUAUGGAGGUGAUAACAACUCACCACCUAAUAUACGGUUGCCGUCUGUUGGUGGUGGUGGUGGUGGUCAGUCGGGCGCCCAGCUUUCUGCAUCAGCUCCUCCAUCAGGCGUUAUGCAACAACGAUCAAACAAUUCACAUCGACCACAUCCCAACUCUUCAUCUUCAUUGGAUAAUAAUAAUAAUAACAAUAGUCGUGUUGUUAAUAAUAGAAAUCAAAGCGAUACUGACCAUACCUCCUCUCCUCCUCCUCCCAGUGAAGAAGUUGGUCUAGACUGGUUACUCAGAUAUCGUCGAUUAACAACAUCGCAUCAGAAUCUGUUUAUCGGCAGUACAACAUGUACAAAUCCUUAUACAACAUUCAAUGACUUCGACUUUGCAUCAUCAUCGUCUAGUAAUCAUGCCCCAGGAUCCUAUGAUGAAUCAUGUCUUCAUUCAGAAUCAUCGAUGUCCAACAACAACAACAACAGCAGUAAUCGUCUAUAUUAUUCCACUUCACCAUUUCACCUACUAUCCAAUUCAUUCGAUAUUGAUCCAAAUGUGCAUAGUAAUAAUAAUAAUUCCAAUGUCAAUACGACUAAUACUACUACUACUGCUACUGGUAGUAGUAGUAUGCAGUCAAGUGGAACACAGAUUGCUGCCAUGUUCGCUAAAGUACGCGAAUUAUUGGCUAAACGUGAUUCAAAUGCUCCGCGUUUGUUAAGUCUUAUCACAGAAGAAUUACUGAACUGUUCAAAACUGCCUCCUUUAAAAUCAAGACGAAAUAUCCGGAAUAGUGGAAUCAACAUGGCGAAUAGAUCACAAACAAUUCCUCCUGUAAUCCGUUUACCGCAUAGUCAACUGCUGCAAACAUCUGAUCGUAAUUACUCCAGUGAAAACUUAUCCAACUCCUCCUCCUCAGCACCAUCACCAUCAUCGAAUCAUAAUUCCUCUCAUUCAUUGUUCAGUCAACCUCCUCCAUGGACUGUUCGACUAUGGGAAGAAGUGUGCCUGCUAUGGACACUUGUACUCCUUAGUCCUGAUUGCAAUGCUGAAAUGAAAAAACAAUGGCGUUGUCGACUACAGAAUUGGUCACGUGUCAGUCGAAGUCCCUGUGAUGAUUGUUAUCUACUUCCUAAUCAUUAUUUUUCGUCUAUUCAUGAAUUAUCCGAAGUCAAUGAAGAUGGUCUGUGUCAAAAUCAGCAACAGCAGCCACCAACCUCUCGUGCCUAUCGUCGUACUUCAGUAUUCCGGCUGCCAAUAGAAGUCAGUUAUAUGUCAUGGGAUGAGGUCUGGUUAACGCAUUUAUUGUCUUUUAAUAAUAAUAACAAUAAUAAUAAUAUGAAGUCGGACAAAAAUGAAGAAGAGCUCAAUGAGACCAGCGUCAACCGUCAAUCUCACUAUUCAACAAAUAUUUCUUUGGAUGAUAAUAAUAAUAAUAAACAUUCACCUGGAGCAGGAGGCGCAGGCGGAGGAGGUGAAUGUCAUUGCCCUUAUUGUGAUCUUUCAGCCACUCUGACUGAACCAUUCCCCCUACUGUGUUUACGUGUCGCUGCAUUACGCAGUAAUGGUUAUCUAAGUCAAGCUUUACAACUUGCUGUAUUUAUUAGUCAGCGUUUAUUGCGGUCGGUUAAAGCGAAAACUGCAUUAGCCACGUCUACAUUAUUCAAUAUGGGUAUGCGUAGUCCUCCGCAAACAUUUUCUCCGCACAUGUCUUGGAGUAAUAAUAAUCACAACAGUAAUAACAAUAAUAGUAAUAAUAAUAAUAAUGGUAACAAUAAUAAUAAUAAUAAUAAUUAUCCGAAUGAUAUAUUAACAGCGCGUCGUACACUGUUCAAUACACCGCCUAAUAAUGGACAAGGAAUUCGAGUUGGCGGUGGAAUGCAUUCUAAUUCACGUUAUAUACCCUCAGCAUCACUCUCUCCUCCAAUUAAUGUGAAUCAUCAUUCACGUUCAAUUCCCCCACCUCCUCCCCCGCCUCUGCCUGCGCCUAGGCGUCUUGGUCUUUCACCGAAUUCAAAUCACAGUCCUGGUCCAUCAUGUUCUAAUCAUCAGCCUGUGAAUAAUAAUAAUAACUGUUGUUGGUCUAGUCAAUCCCCUUAUUUGUUUAAAUCACCUCCUCCCCCUCCCCCUUCUGCUCCUAGUACAUCUCAGCAAUAUUUAAAUCACUGUUCCCCGUCUGCAUCAGCACCAUCAGCAUCUUCAUCAUCAUCAUCAUCAUCAUCAGGAUCAUCACCAUUUUCUCCAGUUCCAUUUCAUAAUUCUUAUCAUCAUCAUCAACAACAACAACAACAAUCGUCGAAUACCAAUCAUGUCUACUAUUAUUAUAAUAAGCAGCAUAUGCCUUAUCCAAAUUCUUCGCUUUACCCCUAUGCUUCUUCUUGUUCAUUACCACCACCUAUGCAUAACUCAAACUGUGGUAGCAAUGGGAAUAGCACAGCAGCAGCAGCAGUGAUGCAUCCUGUUCACUAUAACCGCUCAUUAACUUCUCCUACUUCUCCUUGUCCUCCUCCUCCUCCUCCUGGGAACAGAUCUAUUCCUUCAAGACCGUUACUGUCGCCUCAUUCAAUGCCCAGUGGUGGUGGUGGUGGUGCUAGUGGUGAGACUGAUAUGAAUUGUGGUCUGAUUUCUUCAAAUUGUCCUUGUCAUGCUGAUAUCGGUUGGAUUGGUCUACCAGGUCGACCUGUGAUUUGUCUAGUUGAAUGCUUAUUGGAUGCAGCUGCUAUUGUCGUUGAAGCGGCGGCUAGUCAUCAUCAUCAUCAAACGCCUAUCGCUUUACCAUCAUCAUGGGGUCAUAUGGAAAAAGCAUCAUUCUACUUGUGUUUAGCAGUGAAAGUCAGUUUGUUAGCCUUAUUUCAACAACGACCUCCAGUUGGUUCAGUUAGUCGAUUGCUGGCAUGUCAACAUCAAGAGGCACGUUUAUUAACCCUGUUGAAUACAAUACCCAAGGAUGUGACAAUUGCAUUAGCAAUGUGUGAUAUUUUAUGCCAGUUGUUAGGUCCACCAAUAUCACCAUCACGUAUUCUAUGCAAACUGGAUCAUUCUCCUGUGGUGCGUUUAUGGUGGUGGUCUGCACUUGGCUUUCUUGUACAUCCGGACACUUAUCCAGUUCAUGCUGUCGCUGAAUUUGUGCUAAACUACCUUCUGGAUACACAGAGAUUGAAUCAGUUGACAUCAUUCACGACAUGUUGGUCAGGUUUUGCUAACGGAAACAACAACAUGUCAUCAGUACGCAUUGAUGAUAUGGUAUUCACAUUGGUUAUACGAGCUAUGCGGUUUUCCAUCCCUGAAAAUUAUAUGGAUAAUCCUGGAACUGGACCGGGUCUCAUGCGGAGUAACAGUUCACCACAGUUAUCAAUGGGAGGUGGUGUUAGUGGUGGUGGUGGGGGUCCUACUAAUGGCGGUAGUCAACGUACACAUUAUCAUCGUGGUGGUUGGGGGGAUCACUUCAAUAAUAAUAAUAAUAAUAAUAAUCUCGCUGGUUCUAGCAGUGCUGCUGCUGCUGCCGGUGGUAAUGUUGUUCUUCUUCCUGGUGUUGUUCGAAGUGGUUUAGACACUGCACUUGCUGUAAAUACUGACGAUGAUGAAGUCAAUGAUCAAGAGUUCCCCAGCAUGAGCAUGACUACUACUACCACUACUACUCCUAUCUCGAUAACAACAUCUACGUCAUCAUCUGUCGAUUCUAACAGCAAUUUCAUGAAUAAUCCUGUUCAUUUUGAUUAUCAUUAUCAAAGGUUUCCACAUCUACCGACUACUAAUCCUCUGUUACGUUGGGAACAUCACCAACAACAACAACAUCAACAACAACACCAAUCUGCUCCUGAUGGUGUUGGUGGUGGUGGUGGUGGUGAUCGCUUUGUUAUGACUGCGCCAAAAAUCUCCUCACCACCUUUACCAUCUGCUUUUGCUAUUUCUACACAAAAUUUUCUUAAAACUCUCAGUGGAAGUGUAAAUAUGAAUUCUUCCCCGAACAGCAGUAGUAGUGGUUGUAGAAAUCUUUGCCAUCAUCAACAUCAUCAUCAUCAUCCGGUUUAUAAUCUUCAAAAUGCUGUCGAUAAUCGAUGGUCAACACCGAUAAUAAUACCUUCAAUAGAUCAUCAUCAUCAUGAUGGUGGUGGUGAUUGUGGUGGGGGGGAGGUGACACCGUUUUCUGGGCUUGCACCACUUUUCACUAUCAUGAGAAAUAAUAUUCGAAUACGUAGGAAUCGAUUUUCAACAAUAAUAGAUGAUAGUCAAACAAUCAACGGGGGUGGCAAUGGCAAUGGUAUUGUAUCGCCGCAAAAUCAAAGUGCGGCACAAUGUCGUCGAUGCUUAGAUACACUGAAAAUUCGUCAGAGUCGAUUAGCUGUGGCGUUAAUUCGUGUCUCUAAAUCACUCGUGAAUCGAUUAGAUCAAAUUGUACAGAUCUGUGAUCAGAAUAUUCAUUCACCAGUUACACUGUUGGUUAUAUCUCAACAGGUUUUUGCAGAAGCAUUUGGCUGGAAGUUGAGAACACCAUUAGAUCGUAAAGCUGGUGCUAGUGACAAUAACUUGCAUGACAUUGCCUAUAAUGGAUGUCCUUGUAGUAGUACACAACCACCACUACACAAUCUGAUUUCAACAACGAAUUCAACAAAUCCUCCUUCUGCUCCUCCUGCUCCAUUCGAGGUGUUCUUCACUCGUGAUCGAAUUCACCUAUUGUGUACGGCAUUCCACUUGACACUGUUGGCUAUGAUUCGUACACUCAGUCGGUCAUUUCAUUGGCGUAGACAGGAAAUGUUGAAAUGGGCAGUCGCUAUCGCCUUACAUGUUGGUCCAUUUGCCUGUUUAUACCUGAUCAAUCAUUGGUCAUCGUAUGUGAACGCUAGAGAGGCUGUUAUUUGGCUUGCUCCAGCUAUACUUACUGCAAUGGGGAAUUUAAAUUCUAAGGUGUUGACGGUGGAUCCAUCGAAUCCUUCUUCUUCUUCUCCUUUUCUAGAGGAUGAUAUGUGUUUCGACCACUCGCUAUUCUGUGGUAGUUCAAAUUGCAAUGGUGGAUCCUCCUCGAAUAAUAAUAAUGCUGGUGGUGGUAAUAUUAUUAUGACUUCAUCACUUGAUGAUGAUAGAAACUGUUCAGCAUGGAAUCAUACAAUUUCAAUUUCGACAGCUGCUCAAUUACUCGGCACAGCUAUACCGUAUUCUAAGGCUUCACGUGAACAAAUUACAAAUGCUGUCCGACAUAUGGCUAUACAGGCUGCUGCUAAAGAUCCCGUCAGUUGUUCUUUGCCUGCAUUACAUUUUUCUGAAGAAGAUUCAUCUGCAUUUGAAACUGUUUAUCGUCUUGUAUUGGAUGCCGCAGAGGCUGGUAGUAUUGGACCUAUCCAGUUGUUCUCACUAGCACGUUAUAUGGAUAGUCAUGGAUGGGUAUGGAGAGCAUUUCCGUUAGCGCUACAUGCCACGCGUUUAUUUGUAUUGUCAUCAACUCAGGAAGGUCAUCCUGUUGCCAAUGAUGUUCUCUGGGCAUGUCUCCUAGGUCAUCGACUUGGUCCAGUUGCAUUACAAGAAAUAUUGAAAAAUGUUAUUCAUAAUAUACAUUGUCCAACUUUACUAACCGACAUUCUACACAGAUGUCGUACUAUCCCAUAUGGAAUGAAUUCAAUGCCUCCUCCUCCUCCUCCUCCGGUGAAUUCUAAUGUCAAUCACCAUCAUCAACAUUAUCCGAUCAAUAAUAUUAAUAAUAAUAACAAUAAUUUUUGUUAUUGUUGUUGUAACAAUAUUAGUAGUAAUAACAUUAACAUUGGCAACAAUAGUAAUGGCACUAAUAAUCACAAUAAUAGUAAUAGUAAUAAUUAUGUUCAUUCGAGUACAAUAGAUCCAUGUGUACUGAUGAAUAACACUCAUCCAACUAAUUCAAUGCCCAUUGGACGCAAUCCGUGUACAACACACUUUUGCAACGCAUCACACUACAUCAACAACACAACAACAACAAUAAUAAUAAUGCUAAUCACAACAGCAGUGCACUUAUCUUCUUCUUCUUGUAUUUGUAUGAUCAAGUUAUCAAUCAAAUCUCUUAUCCUCUAUCUCCUGGAAGAACACAUCACAUCACAGAAACAUCAAACACACACCCGCAUGUGA